AUGACAGCGGAUCAGGCUGCUGAUGGAUUUGAGUUCAUAUUAGAAGAUGACUAUAGUGGAGUACGUUAUUGCAGCGAGCUCUUGAAGAAAGAUUCGAAUCCCGAUGGAUUAAGCAUAGAUUUGGAAACUCCGAUUAAGAAAUUGCAAUACGAUAUAGACGAAAUGGACAACAGAGUAGAAGCCAUUAUUAAGCAAAACUCAAUUCAUGUAAUUGAACAAAUUGAGACUCAGAAAGAAGCUCACAGUUUUGCCCAGAAGUCAAUGGAACCUACUUUAGACUAUUUGAAUCUUUCUUACAGAAGACUGGAGACCGACAUAAUUCAGCCUUAUGAGCAUGCAUUAAGGCUUCAAAGCGCAUUGAGCAAGAUUCAUCAGACCUCCAAUGGGCUGAGAGAAGUUCUUGUAUUUCUGUACUUAACGAAACAGGUAUCGAAUGUGCGAUCUUUAAACGAAAAGGACCCAGAUUUCGUGAAACAGCUUCUGGCAAUGGCAUCCGCUCACGAGCAGAUUCAAAAGACUUUUUCUGAAAACGUGGGAUUGAAAUCUUUGCGGGUGGUCAAGAAAUAUGAGAUCGAGGUUGUCAAACCAAGUCGUCAACAUGUCCUGAAAUCUAUUGCCGUUCGGUUUGGCAGUUUAUGCUUGGAUCAAGAAUACUUGCAAAAUAAUUCUGAUAACCUCGCCCAGCUAGCGCUUUCGCUGUACGCAUUGAGUCCCAAAGAAUGUUUCAGUUGUCUUGACAAAUCCAUAUCUAUGAAGAUUAGUCGCGAUAGCCAGCUUUUGACGAAGACUAUCACGUCUAUAAGAAAUUUUUCCAACGCGCUGGACGAAGUUGUUAUGAAAUGCAAAGUGUUGGGUCAACUUGAAUCAUCAUUGACAAAUUACAACAGAGGAAGUCAAAAUUUGCUUCUGGAAUACAUAUCCCACAAGAAAACAGAGUCUUUGGUACGAUUAUAUUGGUCGCGCAUUGCUCGCAAUUUCAAGACUGAGUUUGAAGUGUCAUUGAAGAGAGGUGGUCCAGUGGGAAAAUCUUUAAUAACCAACUCAAAAGCCAUAAUACAAAGCAUUAACAAGUUCAUGAAACUGUCUUCAGACGACGAUUCUUGGAAAAAAAACUUGGAAUUGAUGCUAGAUGCGGUUUCGUCAUUGAAUAGCAUAUAG